CAGAUCGAAGCUUUUUGAUAUACCGCAACGAUUGAUUUAUACAGAUGAAGAAGGACUGUUGCAGUUAGAUGGCCAUGUUUUGUCUCAACUUUCACAAGUUAACAUGAAAAUUAAUGUUGUCGGUGUCUGUGGUCUGUAUAGAACUGGUAAAUCCUAUUUAAUGAAUUGGAUUGCAGGUGAGAAAACAGGGUUUAAUCUUGGCGUUACAACUCAAUCAGAGACAAAAGGGAUAUGGAUCUGGUGCAGACUUCAUCCAACGCAAUUGGACCAAGUGUUAGUUUUGUUAGACACAGAGGGAUUAGAUGAUCCUGAAAAGGGAGAUCCCGAACAUGACAGUAAUAUGUUUUGUCUUACACUUUUGAUGAGCAGUACACUUAUCAUAAAUGUAAAGUCUGUGUUCGACUACUCAACCCUGGACAAGUUAGCUUUCAUAGCUUCACUAUCCGACACGAUAAAAAUUUUAGAUGAUGAAGCGGAAGACAAACAUAACGCCAAAACAAUCCAAGUUGCUUCUCCCACUCUGAUUAUGUGCAUCAGGGAUUUUUUCUUGGAAAAUACAAAGGAUGGAAAACUCCGGACUGCAACUGAGUACCUUGAAGAUAAUCUUAAACCAGUACAAGUGUCUACCUUACCAAAGAAACAACAGCAAAAUCAAGAGAAAUUCAACACCAUUAAAGAAUAUAUCAAGAAUUAUUUUCCAAAGAGAAAAUGUUUUACGAUUGCACAGCCAGCUUUGGGAGAGAAUCUUAAGGAAAUCGAAAAAUUAGAUGAAACAUCCUUAGCGAAGAGUUUUGUCGAAAACAUCAAAGAAUUGCAAAGUUACGUUUAUGACAGAAAACCUAAGUAUAUUUGCAACGCAAGCAAGAAACCAUUAGAUGGAUCAGAUUUAACAUCUCUCAUCACGUUUUACGUAAAUUCACUGAGGAAAGGUAGUCCAUUGAAGUGUCAAGAUGCUUAUGGACAAGCGUCUGUUCAGCGUAACGAGCGCGUUUUACAGAAGGUGCUUACAAAGUUCAAGAAAGACAUGGAAAAAUUCAAAAAUAUACGCAACAAAGAGGAGCUUCAGAACAAGUUUCUCCCAACGUUUGAUCGCGUGAAUUCAGCAUACCGUGAAGGCUCAUUUGUGUACCUUCAAAACGAGUAUGAAGAAAAGCUAAUGGCGGAAAUGACGGCACAUUUAGAUAUGAUGAAAAACGAAAUAAGUAAAACAUGCAUGGAAAAGGGAACGAAGAAAUUGUCGAAAAUGUAUGAUGACAUGUUAAGGAAAAACAAAAGUAGAUACAUGACGGGUGAGACAGCUUACUGUAACUACGAAACUGACAUGGAACAACUAAAACAGGAGUUCUUCGAAGCGAAGAAGAAGUAUGACAAAGAUGUUCUAUUUAAGUGCUUUGACGAGUUUACGAAGAGCAAAUCUGAUGAUAAGAUGACACUGUACCGCAUUGCAACUGGACAAAAGAACAAAGGCCAAUACGAUAAAAUUCAAAACGAAAUAAACAAUAGGAUGGGAUGCCAACUUGAGCGCAUUCUUAUGGAAGAGCACGGAAAAAGAAAUCUAUAUCUGGAGAAAGAACUAGCAGAGCUAAAAGCUAAUUAUGAUGAACUGA